AGGGAGCAUUGCAUGGGGUUUCUGAAUCCUCAAUGAUGUAGUAUGUGAGUGCAGAUGUGCUACUGUCUGGCUGAUGCAUGCCACCGACUACAUCACAGCAGCAGACUCACAGUCCAUGUCAGCUGCAGUGAUAAGGAGCAAUCUGCCUGCAGCCACAGCCUGUGCAUUAGGAAGGCCUGCUGCUGCUAGACCGGCCGUCUAAAUGAGUAGCUGUCUCUCACCCCUCCCACCCGCUCCCUCUCCCCCCUCUCCUGGGCUUUUUCUUCUUCUUCUCUUUUCCUGCUGAGCGUCUGCAAAAAGGAGCAUUUACACUUCUGUUCUACUGUGCAUCACCCCAAAGGUCUAUUCAUCCAAUCGUCAUUGCUUCUGUCUCCUGCACUCUGGAGUAAACGCAUUCUAAUAAAUCGUCCGUCUAACGCAGCGGCAUCGCUGGAAGGUAGGAGGCUGCGCCGGAGCCCCUGUCAUUGGGGAGACAGCAAUCAUCACUGGUUAAGGAAUGGUGGAUAUAUCGUUGUGUUCUUGGGAUACCUUGAAAACUUUCCACUAGAGAUGUUUUUUCUAAAGAGUCAGUCGAGAGCUGACUGAAUAAAUAUGGGAUGUGCUUCAGCUAAGCAUGUAUCUACAGUGCAAAAUGAGGAGGAUACACAAAAUGGCAAGAACUAUCAGAACGGAGAUGCUUUCUGUGAUGAAUACAGGAUCAAACCAGUUGAAGAAGUCAAGUACAUGAAAAAUGGGGAAGAGGAAGAACAGAAUAUUGUAUCGAGAAACCAAGAAAAUUUGGAGAAAAGUGUGACUCAUAAUGUUCGACCUAGGAAUAACAAUGAAGCUCCCGGCCCAGGGCACCAACAUCGAAUAAACAUACACAUCUCUGAAAGUCAACAAGAGUUUUUCAGAAUGUUGGAUGAAAAAAUUGAAAAGCUCAAAAUACAAAACAAGCUUAACAGUAGAUAUUAGUGAAAACUUAAAGCUUGAGUAAAUAGGGUCGGGAUUACUGCUCAGAAGAGGAUGACAUCACAUGACUUUCAGUCUCUGUGAAGAGUGUGUAAAUAUCUUUUAUGAUGUACUACCCACUGGAUAUUUUCUAUCGAACAACAUAUGGCAAAAAGAUUUCAAGAAAAUAAGGAUGGAAUUACGAGUGCAGUAUUUAAAAGUGAACUAUUGACCCAGAAUCUGUUUGCCGAAGACUAUAAUACUGUAUCCUUGCAAAUGCUUAUUAUUCUUUUUAAACAUGGCUGACUGUCAUCUGAAAAGUAAAUUGGCAUAUUGUAGCAGGAGAUUUUAAUGCUUCCAGAUUGUUACUUAGAUACAUUUAGAUACAUUGAACAGUUAGAAGGCCUUGCAACAUUGCUGUGCUUGGAGAACUUGGGGAAAAAGUGUCAGAGUGGAAUGUUAUUUUUAGCCUGAUGAAAAUUUGUCGGUAUCUGCCUAUUCUGUUCCUGCACCCUCUUAUGUCUUGUUUUAAACAGAGACGUUAUCAUACCUUGGUGAUAUUUGACUUGCAAUUUGUUGCACAUAUUAUUCUCCACAGCCAUUUAAAUAUUCUCCCCAAUAUAUAGAAAUCUAUAUAAAUUUUUUUAUUAUUAUUUUACUAAAAUAAACAUUUGUUUUAUGUC